AUGGGGCAACAGCAAUCAAAGGACGAGUUGCUGUAUCAGCAAGUGAAUUACGGCAACAUAGAAGGCAUCAAAACUCUUUGCAGCGAAGGCGCUGGCCUCGAGUGGAUUGAUAAAGAAGGGAAAACACCAUUGAUAUUGGCGUGUUUGAAUCCUCAACUUUUUAAUGUGGCUAAAGCUUUGAUUGAGCUCGGUGCAAAUGUCAAUGCAUAUCGCCCCGGUCGUAAUGCGGGGACUCCCUUGCAUCAUGCGGCGAAAAGAGGUCUUGAAAAUACUGUGAAGUUACUUCUUUCACAUGGAGCAAAUGCAUUAGUGAUGAAUGAUGAUUGUCAAACUCCUCUCGAAGUUGCUAGGGCAAAAGGGCACACCAAUGUUGUCCGUGCAAUUGAGGUUUAUCGAAUUCAAGAAAUUGUUGAUAAGGCUCUAAGUCAUAAACGAGAUCAAAAUUUUGGAUCUGGAAUAUUAAAAACUGAUGCACAACCACGUACGAUUAUCGCAUUGUGGAAAGCGAAUCUGGAAGAACCAAAGUUUCACCAGUCUGAUCCUUCUGUGAUGAUUUCUCAAGAGGCAGGAGGCGGAGACGAGCGAGGUGUAGGACUCAAACUGUCAGGCGUAAAAACACACAUUAAACUCUCACCUGCUAAUGAAAGAGACAAGCAACAGCUUCAGUGGUUUUGUGAUGCAUGCAAAGGAAUACCGCAGGUAAUGCAUCCUCCAGAAUUUCUGCUUAAUUCUCAGACUCCAGUUGUUCAAGCAACUGCCCCACCGUCUGCCGAAGAUCUAGAGCUAGCAAUGGCAAUAAAUGCCUCCAUCCAGUCUUCUAUGGCAGAGAAACCUAUUUUUCAUACCCACUCUAGCACUGGAGCAAGUUCAUCUACGAGCUGGAGUAACUCUUUGAAUGCUGGCAAUCAAGGUGCUCUGGAUGUACCAGUUGCACCUCCUCCAAAAAUAACUAGCAGCGAAUGGGCAGUGCAUGAAGCUGGAGCCAGUAGCAGUUCCACUCAGAAAACCACAAUCCUGAAUAGCAGCAUCGCUGAUGCCCAGGGUUCAGUCCCAACAGCUCCACCCAUUGUAGAUGAGACUGUAGAAGAUGGUCCCAUUCACUACCCAUCAAUUGAUUUCAGCCCCAUUGAUAUUUCCUCCCUGUCAAUUGGGAAAUUGCCAGAAAACACAGGUGAAAAGAAAGAAGAUGGAGGUUCUUCAUCCUGUGUAAUAUGUUUAGAUGCUCCGGUUGAGGGAGCUUGCAUUCCAUGUGGCCACAUGGCUGGAUGCAUGAGUUGUUUGAAGGAAAUCAAAGACAAGAAAUGGGGUUGCCCUGUGUGUCGUGCCAAGAUUGACCAGGUUGUAAGGCUCUAUGCUGUUUGA